AUGGUAGUAGAAACUGCUGCUAACGAGAUCACGAGUUUUACUUUAACAUUUUUCCGAAUUGAGUACAUACUUUACAUUUUCUCAAACCGAGUGGACUGUAACACGCAGAGCAGAGAUGACCAAAAGCCAAGGUUCCCUACCCCACGCCGGUCAGCAUCGGGUGUGCGUGCGGUCACUCAAGCAGACACGCCCUCUCGCAGCUGGGCCGGGCAGGGGCCGCGGCGGGGUCGCAGCAGCGGGCCGCCGCACCUGCUCUCCCCACGCAGAGUCACGGCCGGACCCACGAGGGGGCUCCGUCACGCUCCAAAACCAGCCAAGGACGACGCAGCGAGCCGACCCCGAACCCACUUCCGCGUCUCGGACUCUGACGAGUCGCCGCCCCAACACGGCCCAACGCCUCCCAAGACACGAGAACCAGUCGGUCCCGCGCCCUCGCCCCUGCCCGCCACGCGCGCGGCACCACGGCGUCCGGCCCGGGCUCCCCCACGCGCGGCACCACCGCGUCCGGCCCCGGCUCCCCAAACGUGCGGCACCACCGCGUCCGGCCCGGGCUCCCCACGCCCGCGGCACCACGGCGUCCGGCCCGGGCUCCCCAAACGCGCGGCACCACGGCGUCCGGCCCGGGCUCCCCCACGCGCGGCACCACCGCGUCCGGCCCCGGCUCCCCAAACGUGCGGCACCACCGCGUCCGGCCCGGGCUCCCCAACUCACCGGGGAGCUGCUAACCAAGGCUUCGGGUGCCCACUGCACCCCACUGCGGGCAACGCAGGACUGUCAGUGGGCUGGACCCCGGCACCCAAGGCCUCGCAGCCUGAAACGCUUCCUUCUACGGAUUCCACCCUCACGACCCCUGAAGAUCUCCCCGCACCGGCUGCGGCGAGAAGCACCCGCCGUCAACCGUCACGGCGUUCCCGGAAGAGUCAGCCGCUACCCCACCAUCGCCGACCCCCAACCUGCAGCCACGUGACCCGCGCGGUCUCCCGGACAGGCACCGCCCCACCACGCCCCACGCUAUUGCGAGCUUUUGUGCGGUCCCCCGAGCGGAGUGGGGCGGGGCGUCAGCGGAAGUGCGCGUGCGCACACAGCCCUCACAAAGCGGCAAGGCAGAAGAAAGCGCGUCCAAAGAGGGAGAAGUGCGCCGGCGCAGGAGGAAAGUCCCGCCUUUGAACUACACUUCCCAGAAUACCCCGCGGACGGCAUCCUAAAGAUUGGUGUCCUCUGUUUACAAGCUCCACCUUCAGCAAGCCAUGCAAUGCUCUACUCACACCAGCAGCUUCCAGGUGGUGGAGUGUGUGGGACCAGUACCUUCUUUGGUCAUGGAACCACUCCUGCACCUUAUUUGUGGUAAACUGGGUCUCCCAGUC